AUGGCGAAAGAAGCGUUUCAAAUGACCAAAGUAGACCCGGCCAUGUCCUCGCCCGAGUCCAGUUCCCUCGAUUCCAACGGCGUUGGUCACACACAGCCAAUCUACGAUGACAAGGUAGAACCCCGAGCAAGUGUCCCUCGUCGUAUUGUCGACAGCUUCAGGCGGGACCCCCAUUCUAGGGUCACUCCCAGUGGUGUCGUUGGUGCCAAUGGCGCCGUCUUCGAUGCCGAAGCGGCUGCACAAGCCACUGCAGAUUCGCCGUUGGCCAGGAAGUUGAAGGGACGACAUUUGCAGAUGAUAGCUAUCGGAGGGUCGAUCGGUACUGGUCUUUUCGUCGCCUCUGGAAAAUCCCUCUCGAACGGCGGUCCAGCAUCGGUAUUGAUUGCAUACAGUCUCAUUGGGAUCAUGCUCUUCUGUACAGUUCAAGCUCUCGGCGAAAUGGCUGUCCUGUUCCCGGUCGCUGGUUCCUUCUCCGCCUACUCUACUCGGUUCCUUGACCCGGCCUGGGGUUUCGCAAUGGGCUGGAAUUACGCAAUGCAAUGGCUAGUGGUACUGCCGCUCGAAGUUGUCGCCGCAGCAAUUACAGUCAAGUACUGGAACUCCAAGAUCUCUCCUGCCGCUUGGGUUGCCAUCUUCCUCACUAUUAUCAUAAGCAUCAAUUUGUUCGGCGUCAGAGGCUACGGUGAAGCGGAAUUUGUCUUCUCCAUUAUCAAGGUCGUAGCAGUUGUCGGCUUUAUAGUACUCGGCAUCAUCCUCGACAUUGGUGGGGGUCCCAAUGGAGGGUACAUAGGUGGAAAAUACUGGCACAACCCUGGAGCCUUUCACAACGGCUUCAAGGGUCUCUGCUCUGUUUUCGUCACUGCCGCCUUUGCUUUUGCCGGAACGGAACUUGUCGGUCUUGCAGCUGCUGAGACUGCUAACCCUCGUAAAUCCCUUCCGACGGCAGUAAAGCAGGUCUUCUGGCGCAUUGCUCUAUUCUACAUCGUUUCUCUAACUCUCGUCGGCCUGCUGGUUCCCUACAGCGACCCCCGUCUUAUAGGCUCUUCAAAUUCGGACGCCAAAGCCUCUCCGUUUGUUAUCGCCAUCGAAAAUGCCGGCAUCACUGGCCUGGACUCUGUCAUGAACGUUGUGAUCAUGAUUGCAGUCCUCUCCGUGGGUAAUUCCUCGAUCUACGGCUCCUCGCGUACCCUGGCAGCCCUGGCAGAACAAGGCCAAGCGCCCAAGAUGUUCGCUUACAUCGACCGAAAAGGUCGUCCGCUUGUUGCCAUUGUAUUUGCUUCUGCCUUAGGUUUCCUCGCGUUCCUUGCGGCAUCAAGUAAAGAAGAACAAGCAUUUUUGUGGAUGCAAGCCCUCAGCGGUCUCAGCUCGAUCUUCACUUGGGGCUCCAUCUGCCUCUGCCACAUCCGAUUCCGCAGAGCUUGGAAGAAGCAAGGUCGUACCAUUGAUCAGCUAGCUUUCCGUUCCCAAGCCGGUGUCCUAGGCUCUUGGGUUGGUUUCCUUUUCAACGUCCUGGUGCUUAUUGCACAAUUUUGGACUGGCAUUGCUCCAGUGCCUAACCAGGAUGGCACUCGCGUGACUGGUGCCGCGGCCUUGACCGAGAAUUUCUUCGCAGCGUAUCUGGCUGUGCCUAUCGUGCUGCUAUUCUACAUCGUUUACAAGGUCCUCUAUAAGACUCCUUUCAUGAGAAGCAAGGACAUGGAUCUGAACACGGGAAUCAGGCAGCUUGAUCUGAGGGAGCUACAGGCUGAAGACGAGGUGGAGAAGGCGCAGUGGCCGAAGUGGAAGAAAGCCUACAAACUCUUCUGUUAG